CUCCUCUCCGGUGUUUUCUUUCCAAGCCGAUUCCCGCCCGGAGCGCUGCUUAACUGUUCCCCGUCCCUCGAUCACCCCCGUCUCCAGCGCCCAUGGACUUCCUCAAAUCCGCCGUCGCGUCCGCUAUCGCCAAAGGCAGUUCGUUCCCAUAUUCGCUCGGCGACAGAGUCGACAUCUCCGAUUCGAUAUGGACCCUUCACAAUGCCACGAAACGGGAGGACGGUUCGUCGUGUAGCAUUUUCACCUUCGACAUCGCCGCCAACAAGUCGCGUCUGCCCCUGGCCAAGAAUGCGGUGCGCAAAUCGCGAACGCUGCGACACCCGGGCGUCAUCAAAGUUCUGGACACGAUUGAGACAGAGUCGAAUAUUUAUAUCGUGACCGAACGUGUCGUUCCGCUGUCCUGGCAUGUCAAGCGGAGGAGCCUGAGCGAGGAAAUCUCCAAAUGGGGUUUACAUACCGUGGCGUCUACCCUGAAGUUUAUCAACGAGGACGCUGCGUCCGUCCACGGCGUCGUGAGAGCGUCGUCUGUGUAUGCCAGCGAAAGUGGCGAGUGGAAGCUAGGCGGUUUCGAUGUCUUGAGCUCCAUGAAUGAUGAAGAGGCGGUCAUAUAUACGUACGGAAGUCUCGUACCAGAUGCCGCUCGUUAUACGCCUCCGGAGGUCGUCAAAGGUGGAUGGGAUGUCAUCAAACGUCACCCGUUAACAGCUAUCGAUGCCUAUGGACUGGGCAUUCUCGUAUAUGAGGUUUUCAAUGGCAACUUCACCGGAGGGGACCAAGUAGGCAAAACGACUAAUAUCCCACCGACUAUGCACCAAAGCUACAAGCGACUGUGCACGGCCAAUCCAAAGCUACGACUCAGCCCAGCGCAUUUUGUCGAACAAGGAAAGAAAUCCGGCGGCUUCUUCCAAACCCCUUUGAUCCGGUUGACCGAUGAUAUUGAGAGUUUGGGACUAAAGACGGAAACGGAACGGGAGGAAUUCAUCAAUGAACUCGAUAAUCUUUCUGAUGAUUUCCCCGAAGACUUCUUCAUCAAGAAGGUGCUUCCAGAGCUGUUGAAGUCGGUCGAAUUCGGCGGUGGCGGUCCCAAAGUCUUGAGUGCACUGCUGAAGAUCGGAGCGAAGUUGUCUCAGGAUGAGUACAACUCCAAACUGACGCCGGUCAUUGUUCGGCUGUUUGGGAAUCCCGAUCGAGCACUGCGGGUGUGUCUACUGGACAACUUGCCAUUGAUGAUUGACAACCUCCCCCAGAAGAUCGUCAACGACAAGAUCUUCCCGCAAAUAACGUCUGGAUUCACCGACAUUGCUCCGGUAGUCCGAGAGCAGACGGUCAAAGCCGUGUUGGUGAUUAUUGUCAAGCUGAGUGACCGGACUAUCAACGGCGAGCUGCUGAAAUUCCUGGCUCGGACUGCCAAUGACGAACAGCCCGGCAUCCGUACGAAUACCACCAUCUGCCUUGGCAAAAUCGCAAAGAACCUGGGUCAAGGCUCGAGGAGCAAGGUCCUCAUCGCCGCCUUCACAAGAUCUCUUCGGGAUCCCUUCCUCCAUGCGCGCAAUGCCGGCUUGCUCGCCUUGGGUGCAACGAUUGAAUUCUUCACCGACGAGGAUUGUGCGGGCAAGGUUCUUCCUGCUUUGUGCCCCUCCCUUCUAGAUAAAGAAAAAUUUGUUCGGGACCAGGCGAACAAGACAUUCGAUCUAUACCUGCAGCGCAUUCGGAAAGUCGGCAGCAACAUGGCCGACACGGCGCUGCCGCCGUCAUCGUCUAGCCCUGACACCACCAAAGAUGCCGCUCGUAUCGGAACGUCAAAUGACAAAUCCUGGGCUGGAUGGGCGAUUUCUUCCUUCACAAAUAAGAUCACGACGGCCAACGGCGAAAUCCAACCCACGGCGAACGGGGCCAAACCGGUGGAGGCUGAACCCGCUCGGUCCGCAUCUGUACCUCGUGUCACGAAGCCAUCUCCCUUGGCGAAGGAGACCUUACGACCGGCGGCUCAGCCAUUGAAUCGGUCUCUGUCGGAGCAACCGGCCCCGAUCGCUCAAGAGGAAGACGAACCGGAUGACGUCUACGAUGCUUGGGGUGCCAUAGACGACGACGACGAUGAUCAGGGACAAUCGAAAGACGACGAUCCGUUCAGUCCUGCCACAACCACCGCCUCGUCCACCAGCUUCGCCCCGGCGGCGCCCAAAUCAGCGCCCGUACCUUACGAUGACGGAGGGGAGCCGGACUUUGCCGGCUGGCUUGCUGCACAGUCCAAGACCAAGAAACCACUGCCUAAGGGUUUGAACAAGCCAGCGUCGAACACGUCGGUUUCCCGAACGACCAGUCGGAGUAGCUCCAGUAAACCGAAGACGGUCACCGCAGCACCUGCAAAGAAGAUUGAUACCAAGCCGAAGGACGAGGAUGUGGACGAUGGAUGGGGGGAUGCGUGGGAUUAACGGCUAUAAUUGUUUAAUUUACAUUCGCAUUGCAUUGUCAAUGGUCAACCUUGCUGGAGCAGGGCAGGGAGUUGGGGGAGGAGUGGAAAGGGCGUACAUAAUAGCAAUGAUAGACAGAGACUUAAUGA